CAGAUUCUUUUCCUAAACGUAUAAAUUAAACACCAGCUAGACAAGUCUUUUAAUCAUUAGCCUUUUAAUUUUUGGAAGGAAAUUAAGGAAAGAAUCAAUAUGAGUAUGCGGUAUGCGACUUUGCUGAUAGCAAGUGUUGUGUUGGUUCUCCCUAGUCAUGACUGCAGGGACUCUGUACUUUCGGAAUCAGACCAAUCAAUGCUAGAUAUGAUGAAAAAUUACCUUAUCACGUCAAGGAAAGAUGAGUGUCCGCAGGAACGAAAAACGACCCACACAGGAGUAACUUAUAUUCGAUGGGGGAAGAAAGGUUGUCCAGAAGGAGUUGACAUUGUGUAUACAGGACAAGUUGGUGGAAAUCAUUAUACACAUGGCGGAGGUGGUGUGAAUUAUUUAUGUCUACCAAAUGAUCCCGAGAAUGGCGAACAUCAACCAUAUGGUAAUCCCCAGAUAUACGGAAGUGAAUAUGAAGUUUCUUCAGGCCACAAGCCGUCCGGGUGGUCUGCUUAUAUGUUCAACAAGGAAGUCCCAUGUGCUGUAUGUCACCAAAAACGAAGAUCAAUUGUCAUAAUGAUCCCAGGUCGAAAGUCUUGUUAUAAGGGAUGGAAUUCAGAAUAUAACGGUUAUCUGAUGAGUGACCAUUAUACUCAUACUAAGAAAGACUUCGCAUGUGUGGACAGAAAAGCAGAAACAUUAGACAAUAGUAGUGGAAGUGAAGACGGUGCUUUGUUUUAUCCUCUACGUACCAGCUGUGGCAGUUUACGAUGCCCUCCGUAUACAAAUUCAGCAGAUGUUUUUUGUGUCGUUUGUACAAAGUAAUUCAAAAUUGAUGAAAAUAAAUUUAAGAAACUCA